GCAAAUAUUCCAUGUUCUGGAUCUCAUGACAAUGGAUAUGGUUAAUUUUACCAUACAGUGUCUUAGACCUCACGUUCAGCGCAACUUGAUAGAUUACGAAAGAGCAAAAUUCCAAGAUAUACUAGAAGAAACUCCAAGUGCCCUAGACCUGACAACCAAAUGGAUAAGGGAAUCAAUACAAGAUGAACUAUCUUCUGUUUCUUGUGAAAUGCCAUCAACUCCUGGUGCUAAUGGGAUCUCAAAACCAAAUCUUAGCCCAAUUACGGUCUUAACAAACAGCUACCUGAAACUGUUAGAGUGGGAUUAUCAGAAAAAAACAAUUCCAGAGACACUAAUAACAGAUGAAGCUCGCCUCCAAGAAUUAUCCAAGAAAUUGAAUCAGUUGAAGAUUGUAGCGUGUAUUUCUCUCAUAACAAGCAACAUGCUGCCUGCAGUUAUUGAGGAUAUUCCAGACUUCGUUGAGAAACAAAAAAGGAUUUCUUUUGUUUUGCUUGAAGGAAUGCAUAAGGAGACUUUUGAUUUAAAAGAAGCUCUUCAUGCAAUAGGUAUUCAGACAUGUAGUGCAAUUAAUGAAUCACUCACAAAGAGAGGCUUUCAACUAUUAAAUAAAGAAGUUCAAGAAAAUGUGGUAGGUCAGCUCUGCAACAUUGUUGAAGAAGACAAUGCUGUCAUCACCUUAAUUGGUAAACGAAUUCAUUUGUACAUGAAAAGCUUGCUUGUUUCUCCAUGCUUUCAAAAAUCCAUGCCUACAGUUUCUGGAGGUCUUGAUGUGAUUCAGAAAGAGAUAGAGACUAUUGGAUCGCAGUAUGCUAGCAUUGUUAACCUUAAUAAACAGGUUUAUGGACCAUUCUAUGCAAGUAUCUUUCGAAAACUGCUGUACAAUGAGACAGAAACAAACAAAGCAGAACUUGAGACUUCUACCAACUGAAAAUGUACAGCUUCUUUUUUGGUCCCUCCUUUUCACAAUAUUUAUAUUGUGAUCUGCAUUCUUCUUUUGACUAUGCAUAGCUUGCAGUGAUGGCUGUUAAUGUGAGACAGAGAGAAAUGUGUUUAUAUUAUACAGAUUACAGUCAAAUAAAUAAAAGUUCCCUCCAAAUUAAAGCAAUACUACAUUUUAAAAAGGUAACUUUUGAAAGGAUUAAUUCUGUUUCUAGCUAUGGAUUAUAACAUGUGGCACUUAUUUUCUAUAAUUUUCUUUUUCUUACACAAAAUAUUUCAGACAUGUAUGAUAAAUGCCUAAAUGAUAUAAAUCUCUUAAAUGUUUAAUAUGCUUAUGCGAAUGACUAUGGUGCAAUAAUAUAAAUAUAUAUUUCAGUUUCAAUCUGAAAUAAUUGUUAGGGCAUUUGCCUUCUGCCUUUACCCAAAAUGGAUUGCUCAAGGAACCCUCCCCCUUCCCCCCCCCCAUUUCUCUCUUCUCACAAGUGAGAUGAUAGGGAAGAUCAUGGGUCAAAUUUAUUCAAGGCUGUUUCCUGUUUUGAGCUUUUAAUGUAUGCAGUCUUCAUAAUCAGUACCAGUUGUUUAGAAUUUAGUAGCCUCUGAUUUCACUUGGAAGAAUAGUUCAUUUUUAAAAAAAGAUAAGUUAUGAUAUUUUAACUCACUUGCUUAACAACUUGCUGUAUUAUGUACAAGCUAUAUGUAUUUUAUUUUUCUCAAUUUAUUGAAGGGUUAAAAUACAUUGAACAUAUAAUUCUCUGUUUACUACCAACAUGAAUCAGAAUUUGAAAAUUGGAAACUCGAGAAGACAAAUGUAUGGUUUUAAGCAACAAAUGCUGAACACCUUUUGCAGAUUUAUGUCACUAACUAGUUCCAGUUGAUAUUUUACUUGCUUUUUUAAAAUAAAAAUUGAGUUAUUAUUUUGGGCAUAACAUGAAACGCUCUUACCUAGAGAUAUAAAAUUUCUGGAAAUUUUAAAGCCAUGAGUAAAAACCGUUCCCCCUCCCCAUUUUUUUCCAGAAAAAAAUAAUUUUUUUUGAAUAAUUGAAAAAAAAAGUUCGGUGUGGAAUAGUUUUAUAAAUUGCAUGAAAUGCAGUGUAUAUAAAAGUAUCAUGCUUGCAAUAAAAAAGUAACCACCACCCCUAAUCAGAUUUGCCCCUUAACACCAAUAGCAAAUAACGUUAAGAUCCACUUCAGUAUUUAAGCUCCAUAGAAGGUUUACCUUUUGAGUGGCAUUUUU